AGGAGGCAGGACUGUAAAUUGGACCCAUUUGCAGGUCGGCCUCGCUCAGUCGCUCAGUGGACCUGGACACAUAAACACACUCUCUGUCUCUUUCUGUGGACUAAUAAGAGCGUUUUUUGGAAUCACAACUCGUUUCUCUGUGGAUGUACUCACUCUGAAGGAUUGUAACGAGAGGAAUACUCAAGGUGAGAACGUCCAUAAAAAUGGAUGGUUCAAGAACAUUCCAUGUGUUCUUUGGGUCCAUCUUGGCGCUGGUCGUCACAGUCAAGUGUGGACUGCCGCCAACCAUUGUGUCCGAUGAGACGGAGUUUAUCCUAAGGCCGGAUUCUGUAUUCAACGUCAGCUGCACCGGUACCGGAAACGUGGCCUGGGCCGAGCCUCUACCCCAAAAUACGUUCGUCUUCCCCGGCUACAUGACGUCCACACUGUUCAUCUACAACGCCACUGUGGCUAACACUGGCUACUACGUUUGUGUGGACGAAGAUUUGGCGGCAAACCCAGCGGCAGGUGAUCAGGAAGUGGAACACGAAGCAGAGAUUUACGUUUUUGUUCCAGAUCCCAAGGUUCCUUUUGUCCCGGAGACCCCUGACAAUCUGGUUGUCCCCAUGAACGCUAUGGGAGUGUCCAUCUCCUGUCGUGUGUCCGACCCCCACUCCCAUGUCACCCUACGAAGUGUCCCCAGCGGAGAGAAGAUGUUUGCGUUCUACGACACCAAGUUGGGUUUCUUUGGAAGCCUCUCCCCGGGCCAGUACCAGUGUGAGACCACCGUUGAGGGCCUGGUGUUCACCAGUGCGAUCUACACUGUCAAAAGCAAUGUCGAGGCAGUGGUAGAGGACUUUGACGUGGAAGUAAAAGUCAGUACAGAGGCUGUGAAGGUGGGGCAGCCCCUCAACAUCACCUGCGUGGCCCCAGCUGGCACCUUCUUUGAGCAAGCAUGGCUUCACCGCAAAACACAGGCUGUCAAUGCAGUUCAAACGAAACAGAAAUUUCCUGACAAGGUCUUUUACACGCUUGUUAUCCAACAAGCCAGCCUUGAUGAUGCCGGCACGUACGAGUGCUUCGUUUCCCACCAAGUCAGUGGAAAGGUUCGAGUGAGCACUGCGACUGUCACUGUCUUCGAGGAGAGUUCCUUCGUUGCCCUGGAUCACAGCGGAAUCUUAGAUACCGAGUUUGUUAGCCUUCUGGAAGAGACACAGUUCACCAUCCUCAUCGACGCAUCCCCCUCUCCCAAAGUGACCUGGCAGCGAGACGGCAAAGAUAUUCCUGAAAGUUACUAUAUUAAUGCCAAAUCGAGCCACCUCCAAGGCAACAGGUACCAGAGCAUUCUGACAUUUCGGCAGCCUCUAGAAAAAGACAGUGGAAUGUAUACCAUCACGGCUGUGAGCGGCUCUCGCAGGGCCCAGUUCUCAUUCAUGCUCAAAGUCAAAGCUUCAACUGCUUUGAUCUUCCCACCAUCCUCUGGCCCAGUGCUUCUGCCACAGAAGGAGGAGAUGGUGGUGGCCCUUCAUACUCCCUUCACACUGACAUGCCGUGGCGAAGCACGGCUGGCCUGGGAGAUGCCGCUCGAUGUGCCAGAGCAGACGCGGGAGGACAACAGCGGUGUAUUCGUCACCACCAUCACAGUGGACAAAGCCACAGCCAUGCACACUGGCUUUUAUACAUGCUUUUUUAGCCAAAAUGCCACAGACGAAAUGCCGGAGAGCAGCAUCUACAUUUAUGUGCCAGAUCCCGAUGUUCCUUUUGUACCAUCGCCGGUGCCCUUUGGGAAUCACGUCCUUUCUGACCAUGAGGAAAUGGAGAUUCAGUGUCGCGUGUCAGAUCCCAAAGCUAAUGUGACCCUGCUUAACGUGGACACGAGGCAGCCUGUUCCAAGUGUCUAUGAUAGCAAGAGAGGUGCCUUGGGGGUGUUCACUGCUGGAACCUAUAUCUGCAAGGCUGUCAUAAAUGGAGAAGUCCACUACAGCGAGCAGUAUAUUGUCCAUGGUUGGACUGGUGGUGGUGCGCUGCACGUCGAGCUGACUGCCAAACGGACCGCACUCCUGGUCGGAGACCCCUUAACAGUCACCUGUUUGGCUCGUGGGUCGGAAAUCUUGGAGGACCACUGGAAAUACCCCGGGAAAGUGGCUAACCGUGCCACGAAAACAGUCCAUGAGAAUAAGCGGGAUCAAGAGAUUCUUUAUACUCUGACCAUCUCACAAGCCUCUGCUAAAGACAGCGGCAUCUACGCCUGCUCCAUCACUGAUAUCAUGAGUAAUGAGAGCCAGACUAAACAACUAGCCAUCACAGUUUAUGAACAUGAGUUUCUGUUCCUUCAGCCAGAAUUUGGCAGCCAGGAAUCAGCCGAGCUGGAUGAAGUCCGUGAAUUCAGGGCUGAGAUUGAGUCGUUCCCUAAUGUUCGAGUCACCUGGUUUAAGGACGGUGUCCCAUUGAGCGACGUAACUGCAGAGAUUUCAACCAGUCUGCGUCGGAUCAGCGAGACUAGGUACUCUGGUGUUCUCACACUAAUACGUGCAAAAGAGGAGGACAGUGGGAACUACACCAUGAGGGUGGAGAAUGGAAACCAAACUCACAGUGUCAGCUUUAACCUUAAAGUCAAAGUCCCUGCAGUCAUUGUGGACCUGAUGGACAUCCACCACGGGUCAGCCACAGGCCAGUCUGUGGUCUGUAUCGCCGGGGGGCAGCCCACUCCGGAAGUAGAGUGGUUCAUCUGUAAAAAUAUUAAACACUGUGCCAACGACUCGUCGUACUGGGUACCGAUCUCCGCCAACUCCACAGAUGUUGAGGUGGAGUCACACUUGGAUGAGGACAACAACCUGGAGAGCCAAGUCCUGUUUGGCCAUCUGGAGAACACGUUAUCAGUUCGCUGCUUGGCCCACAACGAAAUGUCCUCUGUCAGCCGGGAAGUUAAGCUUGUGGCCAACGGCCCUCACCGGGAGCUGACUGUAGCUGCCGCCGUGCUGGUGCUGCUGGUCAUUGUCAUCAUCUCACUCAUUGUCUUGGUUGUUAUCUGGAAACAGAAACCUCGCUACGAGAUCCGCUGGAGGGUGAUUGAGUCUGUGAGCCCUGAUGGCCACGAGUACAUCUAUGUCGACCCCAUGCAGCUGCCCUACGAUUCAAGAUGGGAGUUUCCACGCGACAGGCUUGUGCUGGGUCGCAUCCUAGGUUCCGGAGCCUUCGGGAAGGUUGUAGAGGGUACAGCUUACGGACUCAGCCGCUCGCAACCUGUCAUGAAAGUGGCGGUUAAAAUGUUAAAGCCCACAGCCCGAUCAAGCGAGAAGCAAGCACUGAUGUCAGAACUAAAGAUCAUGACUCACCUCGGUCCUCAUCUCAACAUUGUUAAUCUCCUGGGAGCAUGCACCAAAUCAGGCCCUAUCUACAUUAUCACUGAAUACUGUUUCUACGGUGAUCUGGUCAACUAUCUGCACAAAAAUAGAGAGAACUUCCUAAGCCUGAGUCCGGAGAAACAGAAGAAAGAUUUGGACAUCUUUGGAAUCAACCCAGCAGACGAGAGCAGCAGGAGCUAUGUGAUCCUGUCCUUUGAGAGCAAAGGCGACUACAUGGACAUGAAACAGGCGGACACGACUCAGCAAUACGUGCCCAUGUUGGAGAUGCCGAACACUUCUAAAUAUUCUGACAUCCAGCGCUCGGAAUACGACCACCCGCCCUCCCAGAAAGGUUUGAGUGAAACGGAAGGGGACAACCUAUUGUCAGAGGACAUGGACGAGGGUCUAAGCACAACAGACCUGCUAAGCUUCACCUACCAGGUGGCUAAGGGCAUGGAAUUCCUGGCUUCCAAAAACUGCGUGCACCGCGACCUCGCCGCCAGGAACGUUCUCCUGUCUCAAGGCAAGAUUGUGAAGAUCUGCGACUUUGGGCUGGCCAGAGACAUCAUGCAUGACAACAACUACGUGUCCAAAGGCAGCACCUUCUUGCCUGUCAAGUGGAUGGCGCCGGAGAGCAUCUUUGAUAACAUGUACACCACCCUGAGUGACGUCUGGUCUUAUGGGAUCCUCCUGUGGGAGAUAUUCUCCUUAGGUGGGACCCCGUAUCCUGGCAUGGUGGUGGACUCCAGCUUCUACAACAAGAUCAAGAGCGGCUACAGGAUGUCCAAGCCAGAGCACGCACCUACUGAUGUCUACGAGCUGAUGAUGAAGUGUUGGAACAGCGAGCCGGAAAAGAGGCCUUCCUUCUUAUGUCUGAGUGACACGGUCUCAUCUCUGCUGCCUUCCAGUUACAAGAGACAUUACGAGAGGGUCAACCAUGAUUUCCUGAAGAGCGACCACCCUGCCGUGACGCGGGUUUGCAUGGAGAGCGAUGACGCCUACAUCGGCAUUGCUUACAAGAACCAAGGCAAGCUGAAGGACCGGGAGAGUGGCUUCGACGAGCAGCGACUUAGCUCUGAUAGUGGCUACAUCAUCCCCCUUCCUGACCUGGACCCAAUGUCUGACGAUGAAUACGGAAAGAGGAAUAGGCACAGUUCGCAAACAUCUGAGGAAAGCGCAAUUGAGACGGGCUCCAGCAGCUCCACAUUCCCCAAGCGUGAGGGUGAAACCCUGGAGGACAUCACGCUUCUAGAUGAAAUGUGUCUGGACUGUAGCGACCUUGGGGAGGACAGCUUCCUGUGACAUCACAAUUGAAAAGAGUGGAGGGGGAUGAGAUGGACUAUAAAGAAGCAACUGUCUAGCCAAAUAUUCCAGCUGUUUCGCCUCCCCCCGCAAAGGACAAACCACUCAAACUUUACCUCUCUUCGGACACUGCCCCCUGUUGGGCUGGAGGAGCGAGUAUUGAGGAAAAUAACUUUUUCAACUGAAAAGCUUGAUUGAUUGGGCAUUCAUUUGAUUUCAAGAAGGGAAGGAUGAGCAGCUUUAAACCAACCGCCCCUCAGCACAUGGCAAACCACUAUGUCACCCGAUCCAGUCCAAGUUUGCCCCCUCCCCAAAUCCAUCUACAUACUGUAGGACCUGAUGCUGGCACAAUCAGUCUCAAUACGAGAGCACAAAAAUCUGUGCGUUACUAUAACGUGACCACAUGAGGGCUGAAUAUGCGUUUAUUUUUUUAGAUCGCCAUUAUGUACACAUGUAUUAUUUGUGAAUAUCGAAUAGAUGGUUUGUGUGAAUGGAUUGGACUAUGUGGAACAAAGCAACAAAUUUGAACUGUCAAAGGAGAAGGAUUGUAAUGUAAAUAGUACCAGAGUUUUUUUUUUUUUUUUUUUUUAAUAAAGAGACUAAAUGUAAAUCAUAUUUUAACGCAAGCACAUAUUAAGCUUUCUGGAGAGCAUUUAUCCAAAUAAAUAUAGUGAACCCCAAUCUUCACAGUUCAGCUAAAUACAGCACAGUUGAAUUUUUUUUGAGUAGUGAAUGCAUUCCUUAACAGAACCCCCUGCCUCGACAAAGCAUUAGACAGAUAUUAGUUGAGCGCAUGUAAUCGUCUUAAACAUUCCAGCUGCUACCAAAAAAAAAAAGCACCAAAUAAUCCAAAUGUGUUCAUUUGUCAUUGCAUGUUGUAAGCCCCCAGCUGCACCACUGCCUGUUUUCUGUCAACUGUAAUGUCAUUGGAAAUCAAAUGUUGCACUUUCUAUUGUUUUAUGUUGUUGUUUUUCUAACCAACUCCCCUGCCCUCCCCCAAAAAGCUAAUGGUACGCUGUCUGUGUCAUAAUUAUAAAAGCUAAUCACCAAAAUUUGAUGGUUUACUACUUGUAUUGUUGUACAUUCAGAUGAUUUACAGUAUAUAUUGCAAUAAAUGAUUUAUAAUGUGGAAGAAAA